CCGCCCACCGCCCACGCGCGGCCCGGCCCGGCUUUUCCUAAAACCGAGUCGGUGUUGCCCGAGGAGGCGCUCUCCGCGAGAAGCGGGGACUUCGGCGGCCACGCCUCAGACUCGGGGGCUGCAGCCGCGGCGUUGGGCGGAGCUGCUCGGUGGAGAGGCCGAGCCCCUGCAGUCUCUCAGAGCUGGAGCGGGAUGCAGAGUGGAGGCCUUGGCGGCGCUGGACUCUGCCUGAGCAGGGAACCUCGAAGCCUCCUCUCCAGUCAUGAGAGAAAGAAAAGUUGGGGUCCGGCGCGGGGUGCGGGCUUGGAAUCCCGGCACUUUGGGAGGCCGAGGCGGUAGGAUCGCCUGAGCUCAGGAGUUCAAGACCAGCUAGGUCAACAUGGCGAAACCCUGUGUCUUACCAAAAAUGAACAAAUCAACUGGGCUUGAGGGGUGCCUGGCUGUGGUCCCAGCUACUCAGGAGGCUGAGGCUUCUCCGGGGAAAGUGACUGAGGCAGUGAAAGUAGCCAUUGACGCAGGGUACCGGCACUUCAACUGUGCUUACUUUUACCACAACGAGAAGGAGGUUGGAGCAGGGAUCCGUUACAAGAUCAAGGAAGGAGCCGUAAGACGGGAGGAUCUGUUCAUUGCCAGUAAGCUGUGGUGCACCUGCCACAAGAAGUCCUUAGUGAAAACAGCAUGCAGAAGGAGUCUAAAGGCCUUGAAGCUGAACUAUUUGGACCUCUACCUCAUACACUGGCCCAUGGGUUUCAAGCCUCCUCAUCCAGAAUGGAUCAUGAGCUGCAGUGAACUUUCCUUCUGCCUCUCACAUCCUGGAGUGCACGACUUGCCUCUGGAUGAGAGCGACAUGGUCAUCCCUGGUGACACGGACUUCCUGGACACGUGGGAGGCCAUGGAGGACCUGGUGAUCAUCGGGCUGGUGAAGAACAUCGGAGUGUCAAACUUCAACCAUGAGCAACUUGAGAGGCUUUUGAAUAAGCCUGGGUUGAGGUUCAAGCCAGUAACCAACCAGAUUGAGUGCCACCCAUAUCUUACUCAGAAGAAUCUGAUCAGUUUUUGCCAAUCCAGAGAUGUGUCCGUGACUGCUUACCGUCCUCUUGGUGGCUCGUGUGAAGGGGUUGACCUGAUAGAUGACCCUGUGAUCCAGAGGAUUGCAAAGGAACACAGCAAGUCUCCUGCUCAGAUCUUGAUCCGAUUUCAAAUCCAGAGGAAUGUGAUAGUGAUCCCCGGAUCUAUCACCCCAAGUCACAUUAAAGAGAAUAUCCAGGUGUUUGAUUUUGAGUUAACACAGCACGAUAUGGAUAACAUCCUCAGCCUAGACAGGAAUCUCCGACUGGCCACGUUCACCAUAACUAAAAAUCACAAAGACUACCCUUUCCACAUAGAAUACUAGGACAGCUUCCCGUUCCUUGUUUCUGCUCAGCCCAGAUGCACCAACACCAUUGGUGAUGUUGACCCUCCUCUGUCAUCACAGCGCCAGGGCAGCUGUGCCUGGGAUGGGAGCCACACAGUCGGGGGGCUGCAAGAACCGCCUUCUCUGACAAAUCUGGAGAAUUGAGUGUGUUCUAAGUGAAGGCAAUGGGGUUUCUCCAAGACAGCCUGUGUGGCCUCUACUCUGAAAACAAAGACACUGAUGAUUGAUCAAUGAAAUUUGCCUUCACAUUUUAAGAAAACUUUAUCUUAUGGAAUUAUUUAAGCCAUCUGCAGAGCCGAGGAAACAGUGUAAUGUGUCUCUGCCCCAUUGCCCAGCUCCACCAAUUGUGCCCCAGGCCAGCCUGCAUCACCUUCACUUCCUUCUCUGCCCUGCCAGUGACCCCCAGGUUGUUCUAAAGCAGAGUCCUUCCCUUCUCCCAGUGGGAAGUGAAAUGGGGUAAGUCUGGGACACUGUCAGAGUUCAAUAAAGAGGCUUUUUUCUUCCUUAAAAA